AUGGACACCGCGAGUGGACAGCUGGCCCCAAAGAGCCCUGAGAGCACCACCUAUGCCGCUGACCUAGUCACCAAUACACCACUGGAGGAGACACAGCAGUCCCUGCAGACUGGAGUCAGCACUACAGCAGGCAUAACCAGUGAGGCGAAGACCCAGCAGUCAGCUGUUGCCCCUGAUGCCAUCCUCAGGGCUGUAGAUACCAAGCCUGGCUCUAUGAGCAGCAGCGCAGGCAGUGACAUCCCAGGUUGUCUCACACCAGCAGUGCCGGCCAUCAGGGAGAAGAAGCUCAUCGCAAGGAAGGUUCUGGGGACAGUUAAAUGGUUCAAUGUCAAGAAGGGUUACGGAUUCAUCAACAGAAACGACACCAAAGAAGACAUAUUCAUCCACCAGUCUGCCAUAAAGAUAAAUAACCCCAAGAAGUACCUUCGCAGGGUAGGAGACGGAGAGUCUGUGGAGUUUGAUAUUGUUGAAGGAGAAAAGGGUGCAAUGGCAUCAAAUGUUACAGGCCCUGGUGGAAUUAAAGUUCGAGGUAGUAAAUAUGCAUCAGAGCAUAACCAAUAUAGAAGCUAUCGUGGUAAUAGGGGUCCUCCACGCAAUUCCCAGCAAAAUUACCAGAAUAGGGAGAGUGGGGGAAGAAAGAAGCAAUCAGAAUGCACUCAUGAAGGCCAAGCUCAACAAGACCCACUAAGACAAGUGAUGGAAGAUGCUGGCCACCAAGCUACAAAAGGGCAAGGUGUACGAGUGAGACCGCAUAUGUAUCGCAAUUACAGACCACAGUUCUGCAGGGGCCCUCCUCGCCAAAGACAGCCCAGAGAGGACAGCAACGAGCACUAUGAGGAAAAUCAAGGAGAGGAGACCCAAGGUCAGCAGCCACCUCGACGUCAUAAUCACUGCAACUUAAAUCACCAACAAAGACGUCCAAAAAAUUCAAAGCCACAGAGUGGAAAAGAGAUACCAAAGGCAUGUGAUCCAGCGGAUAAGAAUCUGUCUGCAGCCAAGACCAAGCAAGGCGUGACUGAGGAAAUGCCGGGUUACCAUCUAUACCAUCAUACGGUCUGCACAUCCAAGAAGAAAUGGAGAAGAAAUACCAACAAUAACGAAUGA